AUGGUAAUGAUGCGCUACGUGCUGUGUAUCAUCACUCUCCUGCUCUCAUGUGCGUGUGUGCACGUCCUCGCUGAAGAAGUGCCUGCCGCCGAUCUUUCCGACCAAGUCCCUGAUACGGAGAGUGAAGCAAAUUGCCUUGAUGCUCCUGAAGGUCCUGAAAAUAAGGAGUGUGCUCAAAAGAAAGAAGGUCCUCCUGCUAAAGUACCUGAGGUACCAAAAGAAGUUGUACCUGAGAAAAAAGUACCUGUUGUUCCUCCCAAAAAACCUAAAGUUCCUCCUGAAGUACCUGAAGUUCUUACAGCGCCUGCAGUUCACCAUGAGCGAACUGCUUCUCAAGAAGAAAAUAACGGUCAUGGUAAAGACGUUAACGAUGCUAGUCGUGCGGCUGGUCCGCAAGGUGUAGUNACGCAAGCAUUAAGCAUAUGUGUAAGCACCCUAAUACUACUGUUGAUAACGUAA